CAGAAAGCAGUCGCAAAAUGAAUACCGUUCUGGUCGGGACAACUUGUCUGCUGCUCCCGCUUUUGGGAUCCGCUCAAUUUCUGGAUCCGGCCUGCGGGAUUAGAGCUCCCAGUCCACUUGCUCUACGGGUCAAGAACGGGACGGUCGCAGGGUUGACAUCGAGUCCCUGGAUGGUUUUCCUCAUCUCAACUCAAAAAGAAUUUAUUUGUGGCGGAACUCUAAUUACUAACCGACUAGUUCUUACUGCAGCGCAUUGCUUUCUUCCCAAUAUUGAGCUAGUAGCUCGCCUGGGGGAGUAUGAUAGGGAAGAUUAUGACCGGUGCCACGGCAGUUACUGCGUUUUUCGAUCCGAGGUCAAAGUGCAGAGGGCCUUCAGGCACCGCUUGUACAACCCAGAUACAAUGGCCAACGAUAUAGCCAUUCUACGGCUGAUCAGGAAAGUCGAGUACACGGACAGUAUAAGACCCAUCUGCAUUGUGUGGGACACUACGUGGAGAAACAGAAUCAACGCCAUAGACCCGGUCACCGGCACUGGAUGGGGAAAAACCGAGUCUGAUGUGAGCAGUGGCAUACUCAUGACUGUGGACCUAGCUCGCCAACCUCCGGAGAUCUGCCGUACUUAUACCCACAUAUCACUCACAAACAAACAGUUUUGUGCCGGAAAUUGGGAUAGCAAUUUAUGCAACGGCGAUUCUGGCGGUCCUGUGGGAGCACUGAUCCCGUUCCAAAGUUCGUACCGCUUCAUCCAAAUCGGAAUAGCCAGCGUCGCGAACAAACAGUGCUCGAAGGCAAGCGCUUUCACGGAUGUCCUGAGCUACAUCGAUUGGAUCCUUUUGGUGUAUCGCAAUUUUGCAUAGACCAAUUGUCAAUGUUUCUUACAGCAUCUACCACUAAUAUACUCCGCAGUUAAGCGUUUUCUAUUUUAAAAAAAAAUUUAAAUUGCCGCAUUAAAA